AGCGGUGUUGCUCAAUAGAAAUAUUUGUUUUGAAUAGAAAAGAGUGAAAUUGUCAAAGUUUUGCACUCUAUUUUAUCUUGAGGAUCGUCGUAUUUUCUAAGACAAUCGCAGUAAUGUCCGAUUCAGAGUACAGUAGUGAUGAUGAUGAAGAUUAUGUACCAGAAUGUGAUAGUGCAAGUGAAGAAGAAGUCGAUCCUGAAGAGAAAUCUUCCAGUAAACAGAAAUCCACCAAAAAAGCACCCCCAAAAAGAAAACGAAAGGGAGGAAUAAAGCUUGAUGAUAAUGACAAUGAUGAUGAUGAUGACCAGAGUGAUGACGAAGACCUUGAUGAACAAGAAAGAAUAGAAAAAGAAAAGAAAAAGCAAGAGAAAGAUGAGCAAGCAAAGAAGGCUCACAUGGAAGACUUGUGGUCAGCUUUUAAAAGUGACACAGCACAUGUUAGAGCUAAACCAACUCCAUCGACGAGUACUAAGGCUGUACCUUCUAAAGCAGAAAGCACCAGUGCACUGCAACCUAAAGAUACAAAGUCCUUGACAUCGUCAUCAAAACCUUUAACAAAAAAAGUCAGCAUCACCAAGACAUUUGACUUUGCUGGAGAGGCUGUGACGGUAACCAAGACAGUUGAUGCAGAUUCUAAUGAAGCAAAGAUGGCAAAGAAACAAGAAUCUGAAGAGAAAUCAAAGCUUGACUGGGAAAGCUUCAAGUCAGAAACAGGAAUAACUGACGACUUGAAAAACUUCAACAAGAAUGGGUAUCUUGAAAGACAAGAUUUUCUACAGAGGACAGAUCAAAGGCUGUUUGAGAGAGAAAAAGAGACAAGAGCUGCAAUGAGAAACAACAGAAGCUGAGCUUACAUUAACACCACCUCUCAAAUCCCUUGAUCUCACUCAAAGUUUGUUACUACUGCCACACCAUAAAUUUUCCUGGGUUACUCAAUGAAAAAAGGCUGUGAUAUUGAUAAAGAUUCAAAGGGAGACUUAUUGAAGCCUUCAGUAAGCAUUAUCAAGGACUGYAUUGUAAAUARAUAGAYCACAAUAAAAUUAAUGAACCUUCAAAA